AUGGUAACGCUACGACGGCUUUUGAUCUUCGUUCUUAAUUUCUCUCAUAUCACACAGGCGGAAGAUGACCUUCCAGCUUCGUUUGGACCUCCCGCGGGGUCAGACCCUAUCACCUGGGGGUUCUAUGGAACACAAGAGAUGUGCGAGCCAACGCAGCUGCAAAUUGAAGGCCACUUUCCACCUUGGCUGACUGGUUCACUGUACCGUGGUGGCGCAGGAACCUGGGAUGUGGGCAAUUACACAGCUGAACACUGGUUUGACGGCUUCAGCCGUAAUCAUCGGUUCGAAAUUGCCAAUGGGGGGGUAUCAUACCGCAGCCGUAACGGGUCUGAUGAGAUAAUGGACUUCGUCCGCGAAACAGGCCGGUAUCCGGAGAAGAGUUUUGGAAGCGACCCUUGCAAGAUAAUCUUUGGCGCCUUCGAAGCUACCUUCAGAGAUGGAAUCUCUCAACACGGGAACAAGAGCUCCAUGAACGUUGCUGUUUCUUACGCUCCAAACUUUCCCGGAAUAAUUGGAAAUUCUGCUGAUGGAAAUGUUCCUUUCAAGACACUUGUUAGCACAACAGAUGCUAACGGACUUCAACAAAUCGACCCUGAUACAUUGGAGCCUAUUGAAGUAUUCACCUACCAGGCUUCACAUGCUCUACUGGUUAAUGGAGGCCACUCAGCAGCCCAUCCUGUCCACACUCCAGACGGAUCCUUGUACAACUAUGUGCUUGACCUAAGCUCAAGCCCUCCAGUUUACCGUGUUUUCGGUAUCCAUCCUCCUUCAGGAGGAACCCAAAUCCUCGCAAACAUCACCGAUGCACCCCCGGCUUAUAUUCACUCUCUUUUCGGCACCGAGAAACACAUUGUACUGAUCAUCUGGCAAGCCGAUUUCACUCAAGAAGCCAACAAUAUCGUUGACAGUAUUGGGUCUUGGGACCCGGAGAGAAAGGCCCUCUUCUACGUUAUCAACCGCGCUCAUGGGGGCAUCGUUGGUAAAUAUGAAGCUCCUGAUGCUUUCUUUGCAUUUCAUCAGAUCAACUCAUUUGAAGACAAGGCCGGAAACAUUUUUGUUGAUCUGCCCCGGAUGAAUGACACGAGCUUCUUGAGUGCUGCUCGCAUCCCGAAUCUGAGGGCUAAUCUCGGAACACCAAACGCGACAUCGAAAAAUGACUUGGCCGGUUCUUUCACGCGUUACCGGUUACCACGGUUGUGUCACCCUCCCCAAAGCGGUAACGGCACCUUGGAAACCACUCCGGCCAGAAUCGAGUUCUCGCUCCCAUAUGCAGAAGCUAACAUUGAGCUUCCCCGCAUCAAUCCCGCAAGGGAUGGUAAACCUUACCGAUUCUCAUACGGGAUUCAUGUUCAGAAAGCCGGUAACUUUGCGGAUUCGAUUAUUAAAAUCGAUGCCGAAAAGAGACGGUGGGAGGUGUGGGCGCCGGAGACAAAGCAUUUACCUUCAGAGCCAAUCUUCGUCUCAAAGCCCAAUUCUACCUCUGAGGAUGAUGGGGUCCUGUUGACAGUGACUAUGGAUUCGAAGUCUAAGCGCAGUUCAUUAGUUGUCAUUGAUGCCAAGACCAUGAAAGAGUUGGGCCGGGCAAGGAUGCCGAUUGUGAUGGGUUACGGUUUCCACGGCGUUUGGGGCCAGGCUUCCUAA